CCGAGUUUCGUCGCUGAAAAAGAAUUUGAGAAGAACUUAUUUUUCAUUUCCAAAGAAAAUCGCGGGAAUAUUUACGCCAAUCGCACGCCUAAAUGUUUGCAAACACGUAGCGCGUGCUUAUCAGACUAGGAUAGUUAAAAAUAGAAAUAUUUCGCAGCAUGGCAGCUAACAACAACAAUAGCAACAUACACAACCUGGGCGCGGGCACGGAGGGCUUGCUGUCCUCCGUGAUUGCGUCGACGGGGACUCCUGGUAUGGGAUCCUUGCCCGUGCCCUCCAGAGCAUCCUCAUCGUCCGCCUCCUCCGCUGCACAGAGUGCUUGGGAUCAACUGACGGCGAGUGCCUCCAACAACAUGUCACCUUCACCCACGGCAGGAGCGCCUACGGUCACGGGACCCCUUCUACCGGACAAUCUGGGCGGAGGAGCGGGCAGUUCACCGGUGGCCAGUUGCUCCUCUCCCUCGACGCCCACGAAAACAAAUGCGCCCUCACCGCUGGAGAGCAUGGCUCAUACACCGCAAGGUCCGCCAACCUUGGGACCCGGUGGUUAUGGCGAGGAGCUAACCGCUGAGCUGGUAAACCAGGGAUGGCGGAAAUUCUGGUCCAAGAGGGAAAACCGCCCAUACUAUUGGAACAAAGUCACCGGAGAAUCGCUGUGGGAGAUGCCCGGCACCAGACCCUUUGAUCCGCUCACCGACCCUUUGGGCAUCUGCCAUGCGGGCGGUCCGACGCCGAUGACCCCCAAUAUGCACCAACAGCAACAGCACCAGCAUCAUCACCUAAAGCGGCGGCCGUCGGAUGACAUGCACAUCCAUCCUAACCAGCAUCACAUGGGCGGUGGACCUCCAAUGAAGAAGUUUGUUCUGGCCGGUCCCUGGGACCUGGAGGUGUGCACCAAUGCCGUGAUUGUAGAGCGACCGCCGACUCUUCUGCCGCAACCGCAUCCUGAGGUGGAGGCUUUGCGGGCAGCCUUCACCAUGAAGCUGCUGAAAACCUACGAAGAUUUGUGCAUGCGGAGAGAAAAUAUAAAGGCACCCAGAGAUUCCUUCAACCGCUGGCUGAUGGAACGCAAGGUGAUAGACACCGGCUGCGACCCACUGUUGCCCAGCAGCUGCCUGCCGGAGAUCUCCAGCUCCAUGUACCGCGAGAUCAUGUCGGAUAUACCUAUCAAGAUAGUGAAGCCCAAGUUCACAGGGGAUGCGAGGAAGCAGCUUUCCCGUUACGCAGAGGCCGCUAAGCAAAUAAUAGAAUCCCGAUCCGCGCCGGCGGAAUCCAAGAAGGUCGUCAAGUGGAAUGUGGAGGACACAUUCCAAUGGCUGAGGCGUACCGUGGGCGCGAGCUACGAGGAUUUUCAGGACCGUUUGGCACAUCUUAAACGGCAAUGUGAGCCACAUUUGGUUGAGACCGUCAAGAGUUCCGUGGAAACCUUGUGCGUGAAAAUUUAUCACCUGUCGGCUGAUCAUGCCCGCAAGAUCCGUGAGCGCCAUUCGCAGCUGCUCAAGGAGCACGGAAUACCGGAACCCACGCCUCCGCCGCCGCCGCCACAUCUAAAGAAAGUGUGGUGCUAUCCCAUACAGUUUGCCGUCCCAUCGCCACGGAUGCCGACGAUCGAGUACUUACAGGAUCGCGACCACAUGAUCAUUAAGUACACGCCUGCCACGAUCAACCAGCCGGAUGCUCAGUACAUCAACCUCACCUAUCUGCAGAAGCUGGAACAGCUGUACCGCCACAACUGUUUCGACGACAAGAAGUUCGAUCUGUUCAUUGGCCGGGUAUGGUGUUUGCUCAAGAGGUACCAGACCUUCCUGGGCAAUGCCCUGAAUUCCUCCCAGGAGGCGGAGCUUACCCAGGCUGCCUUGCCAGUGCCAGUGUUCGAGUGCCUACAUAGGCACUUUGGUGUAAGCUUUGAGUGCUUCGCCUCGCCAUUCAAUUCCUAUUUCCGACAGUACUGCUCUGCGUUUGCCGACACGGAUGCCUACUUCGGUUCCAGGGGCCCCUUCCUCGACUUCAAGCCCGUUUCCGGUUCCUUCCAAGUAAACCCUCCUCAUUGCGAGGAGCUGAUUGAGGCUUCUUUGCUGCACAUCGACAAACUGCUCACCGACACCAUGGAGCCUCUGAGCUUUAUAGUGUUUCUGCCGGAGUGGAAGAGCAUAUCCAAGCUGGACGACAGCAUGUACAAGCGCCGUUCAAUGGUCGUAUUGGGCAUGGCCCACGAGUACAGACACGGCUAUCAGCACAUGUUGCAAAAGUCUGAUGUGCUGAUCAAGUGCAUGCAGGGCACACAGGUGGUGUGGUUGCAAAAUAGCGCCGGAUACGCGCGAUGGGGACCCAAUGAAAUUCGCGUGGAGGCACUGCGCGAGGCCUUCAGGCCACAACGAGAUCGGGAGCGUGAGCGCGCUGCAGUUGCGGCGGCAGCAGCUGGGGUAACCUCCAGCCAGCAUUCGCCAUCGACUCCCCCAUCCGCCGCAUCCACGGCUCCAACAACCAACUCCAGUACGAUCAGUGGAGUCAAUAGCAACAGCUCAUCCACAGCCACUACAACGAGCACAAGCAGCAGUCCCUCGCUUACAACAACAUCGUCCUCAAUGUCGCCACUGUCCCCGCAUACGCCAACCGGGAAUCCGCCGCCGCAGUUUCCGAUGACCAUCAGCAACACCAGCAGCAGCAGCAAUUUGGUGGCCGCCUCGCCCACAAUGAGUGUGCAAAGCGAUUGCUCUUCGCCAUCCUCGUCGACGAUGUCCCUUUCACCGGCACCUGCUUCGGGCGGCUAUCCGGAUGGAGUGACAUCGGCCACAGCGGCAGCGGUGAGCAUUACGGCAACGACUAGCACAUCGGCUGCUGGAGCGGGAUCUGCAUUUGGCCAGGCCAAUAGCAUCAGUAGUUCCGCAUCCACGCAAGCGGUCAUCAACUCAGCCGUCUAGAUUUGAUUCUUUUUGGGAUCUUGCUAUCCACACAUGGUUCUAUUUUGUCCAUACUAUCUGUGCACUUUCUGUUAGCAUAAAUUAGGGUUACAUUUGAGGAAGAAACCAAUUGGGCCUGAAGCCACACUAGCGGCCAUGCUCCCAGUUCCGAGGUUUAGUUUUGUGUAAUCGGAUGAUAAUCGCUUUAAUUUAAUCAAACACGGAAGCCGAAGGAAUGGCAACUUCUAUUUUUCCGAAAGAGUACAACUAUCCAAUUCCGUUUUCAAAAUGUAUCAUUGGAACCAGGAAAACGCAUAUGCAUAUUACGCAAUAUUUUGUAGUUUCUUAUUUUAAAACUUAAUUUUAAACGUUACCCAUCGCUCGGUGUUAAUCAAAUGAUGCCUGUCCGAAUUGUAAAUUACGUUUGGGUCAAACAACAGGCUUUAAAACACUAAAUAUUUUGUUACACAUUUUUGAACUUCUUGUCAAAGCUUUAAUUUUCAAAUGUACACAGUGCUCGGCCUUCGGCAGCUGGUAUUGCCCCCAUCGCAAGGUAUAAUUACUUGUAAAUAUGUUAUAUUUAAUUUGAAAUAGCUGAUAAAAAUGCCGGCCUGGCCGCUGUUUAUCUUAUACGAUUGUACCCAACAAACAAGGGCCAAGCUACCCAACAAAAGACUCUAAUAAUGCAUACUUAGUAUGGGUAGGGGUACUGUUCUCUAUCCUUGUUUCAGGGUAUUUCGCAAUGGCUUGCCCAUUCACAAAACGAAAUGAGAAAUAAAGAACACAUUCAAGUGAACUGUGAAGCCCUUAACAAUCUUUUGUGAGACUAUUAACUUACUAGAAUACAUUAACUUUAACGAAAAUGGCAAACAAUUAUUUGAAUACUAAUUUAUCGUAUGUACAAAUCGAUAACUAACGUAAGUAGUGAAGGAAAUUUAACGAAAGGAAUGCGCAGAGAACCAAAUUUGUAAUUGGAAAUAAAUCAUAACUAUGCACCGCACAAUAAAUAAAUAAUUUAAAUCCGUUUAGGAUAUGGGGUGAGUCUUCUAGAAAAAACCUCGAGGCGCUCCGCCCGGCAUAAUCUUAAAUCAAACCUAAGGGAAUUUAGCCAAUUUAUAGAAAGUAGCACUCGGCAAAAUUUUUAGAAACCAAUUAUCGUCUAAGUCGAAAUUUAUUGUCUAAACCGAUAUGCUAUCCCCACCCUGUAUGUACCGAUAAGCAAAAAAAACAACACAAAGCAUUUUUGCGCUUAAUUAAACAGUUUCUUUCAAUUCAAACCUGUUA